CGUUUCGAUAGUGUGUGAAAACGACAGUUAUAGGUGCUUCACUGUGAGAACAAAACAGAAUAUUGGCUUCUCCUCUGAAUGGUCCAUAUUAGUGAAUAUUAGUGUAAAUUGAACAAUACUCUUAACUUCUUGUUAUAACAAGUGGUAUCCUCAAAUGCUCAUCAAACAUCAUAGAAUAUUAGCUACUAUUUCCAGUGCCCGCCUCUGAUCAGAGAGUAAAAGACAAUGUUACAAGCUAAAUUCAUGGCAGCUACAUCUCAUUAUCUGUUUUCAUUUAAAAAUCACUAAAGGAAAAGAUGGCAAAGUCAUAAAAACUGCAGGAUGAAAUCCCUAAAACGUAAAAUCACCAUUGUGAUUUUUACAGUGGCUAUAGUGACUUUCUUUUUAUCUAGUAGCACAAGAUCAUCUUCUUCAGCAAAUGAAGAAGGAAACAGUGGCCAGAAAGACGAAAUGUUUGUGGCAUCAUCGAGUUCAGAGCUCAGCAUAGAUCCUGGUACGAGGAUCGAAGGAAACAAUUCGAAGGACUCCCCUCCAAGGAUUAUCAUCCUAUGGACAACAUGGAGGAGCGGUUCUACUUACACUGGAGAGUUACUGGCAAAAUCCCUUCCUAUGACAUUCUUCAGCACAGAGCCUCUCCGGUGGUGGAGGGAGGUAAUCCUUCACAAGAAUGAUAGCAAAACCAAAGCCGCAUUCGACUUCCUACACGACCUCUUGCACUGCCAAGUCCAUCCAGGAUACCUGAAGCAAGUCACCAGUCUGAAGAAUUUCCGUUACUACAUGCAGUGGAAUUCUUACUUUUCCCGCAGCUGCAUUCCACUGGAUGCUUGCACCAACACGACGUUCAUCUCGAAUAUGUGUAUGACGGCAAACAUCCAUGUUGUAAAGGUCAUUCGUCUAUCGUUAAAAUGGGCCUGGCAUCUCUUGCAUGACGAGGACCUGGACAUCCAAAUGAUUUACCUAGCCCGGGACCCGAGGGCUGUGCUUUCGUCUCGUUCGCGACGAAUCUUCUGCAAAGACGACACCUGCAAGGACCCAGAAACAGUGUGCAGAUUACUCGAGGAUGACCUGAGCGAAGUCAGGAAGUUGUUGCAAAGAUUUCCGAAAAGAUUCAGAUUCAUCCAGUACGAAAGAAUCUUUGAAGACGCGAAGACUGGUCUGGAGGAUCUUAUGACUUUUGUCGGCCUCCCGGUGUCAGAGGCGCAGCUUGAGUUACUUCACCCAAGCACAACGGACCCUGACGGCCCUUUUGCCAUAAACAAAGACGCCAAAAGCCAGGUGAACAGAUGGCGAACGAUGAACGAGUACGAGAGAGUGCUGCGAUAUCAGACUGCCUGCUUGAGACCCAUCUCGGUGUUGGGUCUGCGUGCUUUCAAAUCUGAGGAGGAGCUUCUGAACCUGUCAUUACCUUUGGUUGUCUCAGACCCUUUGCUGUUCUAAGUUUAGUGCCUAGAAACCAGUGCUGUGGUCGAAUCCACAACUCUGAUGUCAAGGCCAAGUCCAAGUCUGUCAACUCCAUUGACGUGACCGAGUCUGAGUUACAUCAACUCCGAGACUCCGCACCUCAAGAUUCAGCGCCUUCAUUUUUCUGAGUCAAACACCAUGUUUGGUCCAGGUUUUAUAUUACUACAGGCAAUCAAUCAACCAGUUAAUCAAAUGGGAUUUAGGCACCGUUCACACGAGAUGGAAACCGCAGCAGCAACCGCGCGAUUGCCAAAAGUGAUGACCGCACACCUUAUGGUGGUUAUCCGCUCGAUCCAUUCAGUAUUAACAUAGAAGUGGAGGAAAUAACACGUGUGCGAUAUGUUCAAAAGACUGUCCAAAAAUGAGAUUAUAAGCCCAAAUUUUUAAGUUACUUCAUAAUGACUAUAAAAUCAUUUGACAAUUUACUUACACUAACUAAGGAUUAUAGUUCAUCGAAUAGUAUAAUGCAGACUGUGUUCAUAUAUAUGUAAUUAUGAAUACAUGUGUACAUUUAUGCACACUUACAAACAU